AUGUUCUUCUUCUUUGUGUGCGGAGAGCACACCUUCCGAAAGGAAGUCAAAGGCUAUGAGGGCAUGGUAUGCCAAUGCCACCACUGCGGCAACAUGGCCGCCCACGUCACCAAGAGUAAUCCUUGGUUUACUUUCUGCUGGAUUCCCGUCGUCCCUCUGUCCAUCUCUGGCUACACCGACGUCGCAUGCCGCAUCUGCAACUUCCACCAGCCGCUCGAGAACCGACCAGAUGUAAAGGCCAUGGCCAACGGCGGGGCUCCACCUCAAGGCCAGUACUACCCUCCACAGGGGCAACCUCACGGACAACAACCCAUGCGAUACGGUUAA